CAAGCUCAAUAUUUACUCCCCAAUUCGCACACAAACUUCCGCGAAAGAACUCACCGUAGAGACACAGGGAGAAGAGCUACUGAGCAACGGAGCAGAGCCUGAUUCGGGUUUUUGUGAAACAGAAAUUCGAAAACGGACUGACAGAAAUGGGAAUUCCGUCAAUCAUCAAGGACGGAUGGGCAAAUCGAAGACAAUCUCUCUUGAUUGCUUCGCCCGCUGAAGAACGGAAGAUCAUGAACGCAAGGGAUUGUACUCAAGAAGGUGUUCGUGCGGGAGUCAAGGCAGCUUCCAUUGCAUGUGUUGCCAGUGCUGUGCCUACGUUGGUUGCUGUUCGUACUAUUCCUUGGGCAAAGGCAAACCUCAACUAUACUGCUCAGGCACUCAUUAUAUCGGCUGCAUCCAUUGCUGCAUACUUCAUCACCGCAGACAAAACCAUCUUGGAAUGUGCAAGGAGAAAUGCGCAGUAUGAUAAAUCAGCUUAACACACAGGAUCUGAAGCUGAGUUGUGCCUCCUCAAGUUUUUCUUCUGUGCAGGGAGUUAAUACUCCCAUCUUAGUUUGUGUUGUAGCUCAUAGUGUUUCCAAGAUAUUCAUGUUGGAAUAUAUGGACACAGGCUCUUGUCGUUUUGGCACAGUUUUGAUUUUGUGUCUUUGUCUGAUCAUAUUACAUUUGUCUCUUCAUCUUAUCAGACUAUGCUUUUCGGUUAUUAUUGACAAUUCUGAACAUGACCAACUGAUUUUAUUUUACAAAAAGUUGAGUUAAUUGAAUCUAGAAUUAGAAUUGUUGGUG